UAACAAGAUGAAUUCUUGGGUGGAUACCGUAAUCAACAGGAAGAAGAAGAGUAAACUCUCCCGCAAAAAGCCUGCGAUCAAUGACAUACCCACAGUUGCUGUCACAACCCAAGAAACAAACGACAGCACAACCGCGCCACCUAUCGACACUCAGCAGGUUCUGCUGGAAGUAGCUGGCGUUGAGGACAACACAUCAUGUGACAAGAGCAAAAAUGCUCGGCGCCGUGUGGUGAUCCGAAGUGCGACUGCGCAACAACACAUCAUGUCCGCGGACACAAAUGGCGAAGUUCCCAAGAAGAAGGUUAAGAAGCGACCCGUGGACAGGGAUAUGGAGACGGCCAUGGCCUUGGCCGAAAAGAUGUCAGACAAUUUUCUCAAAAUCUUCAAAGUGUUUGCUGAAAGGGAUGAAGACAUUGUUGACACCAUAUUAAGAGAGUGUUUAGAAGAAGAACUAAUGGACGAAAUCAAAGGGGUAUCAAAACCAAAGAUGCCUGCUUCAAAGGACAAAAACGCAAGCAAUUCUCUCCAAGUGCCAGCUCCUAAACCAAAAUCAAAAUCGAAAUCAAAGAAGCGCAAAGGAAAGUCAAAGAAGGGACAAUCAGAUCUCGCCGUCACGUGGGAAGUAAACGAGAACACUGGAGAUGUUCCAGGACAGACACAAUAACGAGAGAGAGAGAGAGAGAGAGAGAUAGAGAUGUAGAGAGAGAGAGAUAGAAAAUCUGACAGAAACAACAUUUUUAUUUUCAUCGCACGAGCUGGUACUUAACAAUAUCGGUAAAACGCUGCACUUCACGUUGUUUGAAAAGUUUAGGUAACAUGGAAAUAUUACAACCAUGUAACGCUCACAUCUCGCUCAUUUAUCCUGUACAUGCAGUAGAUCAUCAGCUCUGUUCAUGCAUCGAUUACCAAAUUCGUGAUUAACAUACUCAUCAUACACUCACAUCCGUAAUAAAUUACCUGCUGCUGCUCCAGUGCCCUCUAUCGGUCAUUAAGCUUGGAAGGUGUAAACUGCCCUCACGACCGUCUCUUGCCAUAGAUUCAACACAACUUAUUCGUCUGGAUGUUCUCAUGCAGGGCACGUCAAAUAGACAUGCACUUUAAAUUGUUCUUUGGUCUCGAAACUGAAGUCUGCCAGUUCCGCUCUGCCACCUAU